AUGCCUGCACCGACGUCAGCGGCGGGUGCGGCCGAGGGCGGCCCGCCCCGCACCGAACUGCAGGAGUUACAGCUCAAGGCCGGUCAGACUACGGAUGAAUCUCUGGAGAGCACGAGGCGUAUGCUGGCGCUAUGCGAGGAGAGCAAGGAGGCUGGCAUCCGCACUCUGGUCGCACUCGACGACCAGGGAGAACAGCUGGACCGAAUCGAGGAGGGCAUGGACCAGAUUAACGCCGACAUGAAAGAGGCCGAGAAAAAUCUCACCGGAAUGGAGAAGUGCUGCGGCCUUUGCGUUCUUCCUUGUAAUAAAGGCGCCAGUUUUAAGGAAGACGAGGGCACGUGGAAGGGCAACGACGACGGCAAGGUCGUGAACAACCAGCCGCAACGGGUGAUGGACGACCGCAACGGUCUCGGGCCGCAGACCGGCUACAUCGCCAAGAUCACGAACGACGCGCGGGAGGGGGAGAUGGAGGAGAACAUGGGCCAGGUGAACACGAUGAUCGGCAACCUGAGGAACAUGGCGAUUGACAUGGGCAGCGAGCUCGAGAAUCAGAACCGGCAGAUCGACAGGAUCAACCGCAAGGGCGAAUCGAACGAGACGAGGAUACAGGUGGCCAACGAGCGAGCUCAUCAGCUACUCAAGUAAGCGGCCACGCUCUCAGUCGACCAUCCGCACCCCGUCGGCCGCCACGAGCGUCACUACCAUCACCCUCCACCACUACCACCACCACCAACAACAACAACAACAACACAACAGCAACAAGAACAACAUCGACACCAACAGCAAUCAGCACAAUUACACUCGACAAGUCCACUCGAUCGUUUGCUCGCGGUCUAUCGCGUUUCGUCUGUUAGAACGUUGUUUCUUCGUUCGCGUUCACCGAUGCCUCUCGAGUUUGGUAUCGGGGUCGGGACAUGUAAUACUUAAUGAUACAUACUUAACCCUAAACUUGACUUGAGUGGAUUCCGUAAAAUGCAGUUUUCAGAAUUUUGUAAUAUUCCUUUUUUCGAGUUCCCGUAAGCAAGGGACCGCGUGAGUCUCGUGCUCGCUCUCUAAAAAUCAUCGCGAAGAUAUAUACGUAAAAGGACUUGCGAUCUCUUGAACGUCUUUCGGACAUUUUGGCACGGUCUCUCUUUUAAGAUUAUUAUAUUAAUUACAUAAUUACAUAUAUAUAUAUAUAUAAUUCGCUCCGCGAACGAUGCGGCUGGGGAGAUCGACGUGAAAGAAAAAAAUAAACGCCUGAAUUUGUUGUCGUACUCUGGUGAGUAUCCGCUACAUUUCCUUCGUAUAAUAUAAUCUUGGAUUUUCACUUGCUUGUAAUGUAACUUCUGCAAGUUUAGGGUUAACACACGCCGAAGUAGAUUCUCGCGGUUACAGAUUCGGAGAUUGAGUUUGAUUUUCGGCUUAAGAUUUUGCGGGCCGCGCAAGAGUUCCUCCGGUUUCCUGAUUUAACGCGCGUCGAAAGACACGCCCGAUCUAAUUUUCCGAUCGAACUUCAACUUCAUUAGUUCGGCAAUCCGUUCUGCAGCCGUAAAUUAGAUUUAAUCUCCGACACGGGCUUUUUGUCUUUACAAUGGCAAUAAUUUCGCCGAUUCGAAAGAGCCUUCGAAGAUUUCGAGGCGUCAGUGCGGCUAAUAUCGGUCAUCAAAGCUGAAUUAAAAAACGGAUCUCUAAACUUAAGAUUAACGGAACGGUUCUCAUUGUACCGAAAUCAACAACGAAGAAGCCGAUGGAAUUUUUCCUCUAGCCCGGCAAAAGCGUCGAGUUUAUCGCGUAGUUUAAAAAAUAACGGAGCGAAAUCCAAUCUCCGGUUUAGGAACGAGCGGCGUUCGUUCCCUUUGCCGGUAGAGUUGGGCGCGUUGAACGAUGUUGGAACUUAAAUAAAAAAUAUAUAUAUAUAUUAUAUAUACCUCUCGUUAGUCACACACAUUACACGUAACACAAACCGGGGAGAUUAAAUGCACGAAAAAUUGCCAGCGAUUAAUUCAAUUCUCUCGGUUUAAUCGACUCUAGAGAGUCGAGCGGGAUACUGCAGUAUCUGGAAACGCAGGUAACAAACGAAGGGGGAAAAAACAGAGGAAGGAACAAGAUAAUAGUACAAAAAUUACUACACUUAUCUCCCGUUAGGAAAGAAAAAAGAGAUUACGAGUACAAUACAAUUUAUUUAUUUGUCUCAUCGUGUAUUGCCGCUCUCCGCGAUUAUAAAACUUGCGCUUGAGGAUCAACAUUCGAACGUGUCAGCGAAUAUACACUAUCUACAAGCGAAAAGGGAAGCGACACACUAAAUCUCCCUCUCCCUCGAGUCUCCUCUGAAACGCAGGGGGUUGUUUCGCCCCCUCCCUCUCCCCAUCCCUCCUGAUCGGAUUACGCGCAUUCCCGAGGUCCGGGGUAUCGCGAAUAAUUUUCGCGAGCGUUUCGCGAAUUUCGCCGGGUGCUCGCGAGAGGUAUGCGGAGAGAUCGCGCGGCGACACUUGGAGGAGGAAGGGAGUGGAAUCGCGCGAGCGCGAAGGACGAGGGAGCAGGACGGAGGUGGAAGAAGAGGAAGGAACAACAAGUAUUAUAAGAAGAAGAAGAAGGAGAGGACUCACAUGGCGAGAUAAUCGAAGCAACGAAGAGAACGCGUUCAGCCACACAUGAUUAUUAGGAGUCGGUUGAAGCUGUAGAUAGAGCGAGGUCUUCUUUCGUCGUUUUUAAAGAAAAAAAAUAAAAUAAAAGCUCGACUCGCACUCGACAACGUAGAACGUAGGUGUUACUCCCCCUUGUCCCCUCCCUCCCCCUGUCCCUCCGGUCCAGCUCACCCGCCCAGUUUCUCCCCUUUCCUCCCCCAAUUCUCUCCCCUUUUGCGCCAAUCGCGCCGAGAUCACAGUAAGGUUUAACUCCAAAGAAAGAAUUGUACAUUACUGUAUUUACACGAGGGCGACGUACCUACCUUGUUAAAUCGUACGAUGUGGAGAAGGAGGUCGGUAUAGAGAAGCCUUGACGCGGCUCGAGAAUCGAUAUCCGUCGGUGAUCCUGGACGAACGUCGUGAUUCUGGGAGGGGGUGAACCUUACUUAAAAAAAAAAAAAAACCAGCGAGAUAGCGAUGAUAGGUCCUCGCGUAGUAAAGUUUUUAGUAAUACCCGUGAAAUUUUUCAAGGGGGAUGUAUGUACACGCCUGGGGUCAUAGUAUUCAUCGCGACGAUUUU